GGAAGGUAUUCCUAAUGUUUUGUUCACUCUGUAUAUCCUCUGACACUCUCCAUAAUGACCCAUUUUAGGCUUGUCAUCUAUCUAGGGCGUUAGCUACUUGCAUUACAUGUUUGUGGCUAGCUGUGUAGCUCGAUCUCUAGUGGUGUGCUGUUGUAUGAUAACUGUUACUGUUAACUGAAUAUCAAAUGAAUUACUAGUAUGUCAAUGAAUGCUUCCUUUUUCUGUGAUUUCCAGUGUCUGUGAUGUCAACAUGGAGAGAGAUGACGAUCAAGAAAAGGGAGAGAUGGAGAUAAAGAGUUGUGAGAUUCCAUCCUCUGACUGCACGCUGUCAACUGGUAAUGAAAUGCCUUUCUAAUGGCGUGAUAUCUAAUCUAUAAUGAAAGUUAGGUCAUCUUUAAUGACAUCCAACUGAUCUUGACAUGCCUUCACUCAGUAAGUACAGGGAUCUGCAGUGUUUGUGAUCCUGAGUUAAUUUCUGCUGAUCUCACUCCUGCUCUGCCCUCUGAAAAUCACACAGUUCCUGGGCCUGCUGGGCCAGUGGGAGGAGACAACGACACCAAUGUGACUUUAGAGGAGCCUAAGAAUCCACCUCCAUCAGAUACUAUGGGCGAGGAGGAGACCCUGGAACUAGAAGCGGCCCCUGACCAGGAACUAGACCUGGCCCCUGUCCAGGUAAAAGAGGAAGAGACUGAUGAGUGCAGUACGACGGAAUUUCAGAACAGUUCAGGUAGUCAACCAGAGACUGUGCCAGAAGAGGCUUCAGCUUCAGCUGAGAAUGGGCAGGAUGACUCAGGGGAGUUUGUGGUCACUAUGUUGGCCAGAGGUAAACUGGAGGAACAAGGUGUGGGAGUGAAGGGGAAGUCCUCUCCACUGUCAGAGACUGGCACCCCAGAGGCCCCCCCAUCCCACCGUGAGGAAGACGUGACAGCUGAGAGCUGGAGGCAGCACAGGAAGCAUGUGUUUGUCCUGAGUGAAGCAGGGAAACCCAUCUACUCCCGCUAUGGCAGUGAAGAGGCCCUGUCGUCCACCAUGGGAGUCAUGAUGGCACUGGUGUCCUUUGUCCAGAGUAGUGACAACAUGAUCCGCUCUGUCUACUCAGGUGAGAAUUUCUAGAAUUUCCUUACAUUCUUGACCAUGACAAUAAGUUACUAUAGAUGUUUUUGCAUCAUACUUUGCUCCCUCUGUACAGCUUUACAUCAUGUUGUUUCACUGUGUGUCUACUCUCUACCUCUCCUCUCCCUCAGAUGGGCACACGGUGGUGUUCAUGCAGAAGGGUCCUCUGGUGCUGGUGUCUGUGUCGAGCAGCCGUCAGUCAGAGCAGCAGCUGCGUGGUGAGCUACUCUACGUCUACUACCAGAUCAUCAGCAUGCUCACCCAGGCCAGCAUCACACGCAUAUUCGAACACAAGAAGAACUAUGACCUGCGGCGACUGCUGGCCGGCUCCGAGAAGAUCCUGGACGGCCUCCUCAACCUGGUGGACACAGACCCCAGCUUCCUGCUGGGAGCGGUGCACUGCCUGCCCCUUACUUCCUCUCUCAGGGACUCCCUCAGCCAGAUCCUACAGAAGGCCAUCACCCCCAACCUGGUCUUCUCCAUCCUCAUCGCCAAGAACCAGCUGCUCACCAUCGUCCAGGAGAAGACUGUGAUUGAGGACGCCAGGCUGGAGCCUGCUGACGUCCACCUGCUACUCAACCUCAUUGGGGCCUCCUCUGCCUUCCAGGCCGGAGAGAUCUGGACUCCCAUCUGCCUGCCUCUCUUUAACCCUGACUGUUACUUCUAUGCCUACAUCUCCUACCUGGACCCUCCAGAAUGCACUGUGUGUCUGCUGCUGCUCUCCACGGAUAAGGAGGCCUUUUAUGCGGUGGCAGAGUGUAAGAGGAGGAUAGAGGAGGCCAUGCUGGCUCAGAGCUCCCUGAGCCUCAUAGCCAAGGCCCACUCCUACAGCGUGAGCCAGGUGGGUGUCUCAGACCUCAGGCACUUCAUGUACAAGCCCUUUGAUGUCCCAGACAACCACAAGCAGCUCACCCAGUUCACCAGGUAGGUGGUAUAUUUUUGUUGUUGUGCCUGUGUAACCUUCACCCAGUGAAUGAUUAUGAAUGAUUCACGUCUUUGUCAUUUGACUACUUUCUUGCAUUUUUUAACUUAAUAGUGGUUCUGCAUUUUUGUGUUAAUGUGUAGAAAGAAAGAUUAGCCUACAAACAUAAUUACUCCAAAAAGGAAUGUCAAAGGGGAAAUGUGUAGCACAGGAGGCUGCUGAGGGGAGGAGGGCUCAUAAUAAUGGCUGGAACGAAGCGAUUGGAAUGGCAUCAAACACAUGGAAACCAUGUUCUAAGUAUUUGAUGCCAUUCCACUGAUUCCACUCCAGCCAUUACCAGGAGCCCAUCCUCCCCAAUUAAGGUGCCACCAACCUCCUGUGGUGUGUAGUACAUUAAAAUAUGUGCCUAAUCAGGUCAGAUCACAUGCAUCCUCCAGUAGGCCUAUUGCUUAUGAUUGCCAUAUUAAUAUUACGGAAUCAUAGAAAUUGAAAGUGCAUGAUAUCCAUGAUGAAACUGAUAAGAUUGUAUCACUCACUGUAAGCGAAGCAUGCCAAGUGACUUCAAUUAUUUCUUAUUUAUCUUGAUUGCUAUCUUUUGAGUUUCUUAUUAGACGAGCUGUACCAGUGAGCACAAACUUGCAAAAUCUAAUAAAACUGGGAAAAUAAAUACUUACCAUGCAACGCUGCCUCUUGCAAACUCCGAGUUAUCGAAAGGCUAACAGUCUGACUUACUUUAGAGGAGCAUGAUCAAAGUGGGAAAAGCAAACAUGUUUAUUUAGCUAAAAACACUGUUCUAUGGCUAUUUCUUUCUGAUGUAUACAAUUGGCCGAUAUGCACUGCAUAAUGUCAGGUCUUGCUCUGUCCUUGUUUAAGACGUUUGAUGUGCUGUUGAUUUCAGCCCAGAAAUGGAGGCUCCCUACAGCACCGAGGAGGAGAGGAUGCGGCUGCUGGACCUGUACCGCUACAUGCACGGUCGCAUCCACAGCUCCUCCCGGCCCCUCAAGCUCAUCUACCACGUGGCAGAGAGGGAAACCCUGCUGGCCUGGGUAUGUCACUCCCACUGGGAAUACACGUAGAAGUGUUACUAUGGGCAGCUCUCUUUACUGGAUCCUGUUUUAAUCUGGAGGCUAGGUCUCACCAACCUGCAUUCUGUUGUAGAUAUGAAGUUCAAGGGUUUACAUUGCAGUAUGUGAGCUAUGUUGGAUUGUUGCUAGCGUUCAUGUUGCAUACUUUUCAGCUCAAUUGAACACAACAGUAAUUUCAAAGAAUUUGAAACUGUUAUAUUUAAGGUUUAGUUCAUUGUCAUGAUGUACAACAUUGGCAGCUAAGAGCUGAAUUGCAGUAUACAGUCCAUACCUAAAUGAAUAGACAGAUAAUAAUAGUUGAAAUGGACCUGCUAAGUCAACUAAUUGCAUGCUCUCUGUCUAUUUCUCUAUAGGUCACAAGUAAAUUUGAGUUGUACACUUGCUUCAGCCCCCUGGUGACUAAGGCCCGUGCCAUUAACGCCAUAACCAAGCUUCUACGUUGGAUCAAGAAGGAGGAGGACCGUCUCUUUAUCCGAUACCCACCCAAGUAUUCAACCACCCCCAACCCCAGCAAAAGCUCCCGCAAGUCUAACCAGCAGGACUCCACAGAUAAUGGCUUCAUGUCUCUCCUAUAGAGCUGCUCUAGCCCUGGCUAUUCCACUCUGUCAACAUAGUUUAUACACUGGUUCUACUAGAAGAGGUGUUUGGCACUGGCCACAUCCUACAUCUUUUUGGACUUCAUUGAACUUUGACCACUGGACCAUUGAAGGAUGACUUGCCUUCUUGAAACUUUGACUCUAGUAUUACUUCUGUACCUUUAUAAGAAAGCAUGUACAGUAAUUGCGUUAGUGCUUUUAGAUUACAGUUGAACAAGUUUGGUCUGGAAAACUGUAAGGAGAAAGCAAACAUUUUAAAAUUGGCUAGUGGUGGAAUUUUCAAUGAUAUCGAAUUGUUUUUAUAUUGUUUUAUUCUAUUGUAACAAAGGUGAGCGCUCUUCUUGAAGGCAUCAUAUCAGACUCGUUACAUACAACUAUUGCAAUUCAAGCUUUCAUGGGCAUUGACACUGUAGCACAUGACAAAAAUGAAUGGAAGGAUUACCUAGAACUACUCCUGAAUAUAUUUUCAACUGCCUUGCCAUCAUACGUAUUGCUAGAAACCUUAGAUGUUGACAGGCUGGCAAAUAGGAAAUUAAUAAAAAAAAGUUUGGUUAUUGGUGGGAUAAACAGAAAAUUAAAAUGUAUCAAUGUCUGAUUUUGAAAUCGCAUCCUCUAGAAUAGGAAGGGUUACCAAUUGUAUGGAUAGUCCAUGACAUGACCUCUACGUGUGAAUUGUUCUCAGUUGAUACAAUUGCUCAACAAUUGUUUUACUGGCAUGUUAUCUUUGCAGUUUAGAUUGUAAAUAGUGUCAGUGUUCAUACUAAGUUGUUUAAUUAUGCUCUGGUAAUAUAAACACAGUUACAUUUUCUAUCCUUCGUAAAAAAAUCUGUAUUGCUGGGAGCCACAUUUUCCCCUAGUAAUCCUCAAAUAAUUAAUAUUAAAGUACCUGAUGGUUAAAUGCUUUGUCCAGCCCACAGAGAUCCUACAUUAAGAGUUCUAAUUUGUGGAGUUGUUUAAAGUCACCUGCUGCAAAUUCUCCCAGCGGAUACCGGGAUCUACUAUGAUGGACUGAUGUGUGAUUUCAUGAGUGGUGGCGGUUCAGUCUUACCUGAUUUGACUGUUAGGAAUAUUUUAUCCAGAGUGUUAAUGUUCAUUGAGUUCCUAAAUAAAUCCCAGGUUGCACAAACCACCGUAUGUGUCAUUAUUUUAUAACUGCAUGUUAGAUUGAGACUGAAAACAAACAACAGUUUUAAACAAUAUUUAUUUGAGAAAAUAUUGUUUCAGACAGAUUUUAGAUCUUGUGGUAGAAUUAAAAUGACAAGAUCCAGAACUCCUCUGUGCCACCUAAUAAAAAGUGUAGUAGGCCAGUGCACUUAUGCCUAGACAACUACAGGGUGUUGUGCCAACUGACCACUAGGACACAUUAUCUGAUA